ACUGCAAAAAAUAACACUGAAACAACUGUAAACAAAGAAAAGAGAUAGACGACACCAAUUUCAAUGUCUCCAGAGGAACAGUAUUUUUCGAGACCGAAUUCCAGCCACCUGCGGCUUCUGUCGAGUGUCAAUGUGAAACUGGGCCACGAGAAGAGGGCAUGGGAAAGGGGAGGAUGGAGAGAGGAUGGGAAGAAGGGGAAAGCGUGGGAGAGGAGAGGGCGAAGCGGUGAAUGGGAGUGAGAGGAGAAGGGCGAAGGGGGAAGAGGGAGAGAAGAGGAGAGAAGUGUCCUCCACCGAAGUGCAACUGAGCCACGAGCUAGCCUGUGGAGCUGUUUGGCAUCCGUGUCUCGCGUCCGCUGCUGGUCGGAGUCAAGAGCCAAGAAAGAGUCAGACUCGGGGUUUGAGUAGAACGCGGCGGCGGGACGGACAGCGCACGGACUUAUCUCUCUUCCUCUUGAAGUCGCUCUCUGGCCAUUAUCG